AUGAGGAGUACCUCCAAGUCUUAUAGUUCACGUGAAUUCGCACUUAUUCAGGGUAAUGGAGAAUGGCAAGUCAAACGUGUGGCCGUGGGAGCAGAACGAGUGGAGUUUGAUGAUGGAGCAUUUAUUGAAAUAGGUAGCUUCGACUUCCACUUGGAAAGGAACCCAUCCUUCUAUAUAGCGAUCGUCAUUAUGCCGUCUUUCGCUAUCAAUGUUUUGUGUAUAUUCGGGCUGUUUCUCAGCGGUGGGAAUAAAAUGUCAAAGCUAGGCAUGGCAUUAACGAAUAUUAUGUCGCUGACAUUCAUUCUUGGAAUCCUUGCCAAUGUGUUACCGAAAGUAAACGAUUUGCCAAAAAUAGGUACGUAUUUCAAGAUGAAUAUUUUACAUCAUUCACCAGUCUGA